UUGCACUCUUCCGGUUCUCGCCGUGCCAGUCACGUGACGGUUAACUAUGGCUUCCUUCUCGUAGUGAUGGAGGCGCACCGUUGACAACAAACACAACUGUAACUUCGCCCAGUCGUCGGUCUGCUGACCCGAGUCGGACUCAGGAUGCAGAAGAUCAAGUCUCUGAUGGCCCGGCAGGGUCUGAAGAGCCCGCAGGAGAGCAUGGCAGACCUGAGUCCAGUGGAGAACCUGAGGAUCCCGAGCAAGGAGGAGUUGCGGGAGCUGAGGGAACAGCCCAUCGACCCGCAGGCGGAGCAGGAGAUCAUCGACAGCAUCGAGGAGGUUUACUUCUCCACCGACUCCUUCGACAUGGUGCAGCACGAGCUGGAGAAACUCCCACCUGAGCUGAACCUGCAGGAGCUGGAGGAGUACAGAGACAAGCUGAAGAGACAGCAGGCAGCAGUUUCUAAAAAGGUUGCAGAUCUCAUUCUGGAGAAACAGCCCUCCUAUGUGAAGGAACUGGAGCGAGUGACAGCGUUACAGACUAACCUGCAGCUGGCAGCCGUCAUUUGCACGAAUGCAAGGAGGCAACUGAGCGUGGCAAAGGAGGGAUUCACAGAAGCCAGCCUCGGUCUAUUGGCCAAUCAGAGGAGACGACAACUGCUGACAGGCCUGCUUAAAUCGCUGAGGACCAUCAAGACGCUGCAAAGAACAGAUGUAAGACUCAGCGAGAUGCUCGAGGAGGAAGACUAUCCAGGUGCAAUCCAGCUCUGUCUGGAGUGCCAAAAGGCUGCCAGCACCUUCAAACACUACAGCUGCAUCAGUGAAUUAAAUUCCAAACUACAAGACACUCUGGAGCAAAUAGAGGAGCAGCUUGAUGUCGCCCUGUCAAAGACUUGUAAGCACUUUGAUGUUUCGCACUACACCAAGGUCCAGCUGGCCUACACGCUCCUGGGAAAGACACAGACUGCGAUGGACCAGCUGCACAUGCACUUCACCCAGGCCAUCCACAACACAGUGUUCCAGGUGGUGCUGGGGUAUGUGGAGCUGUGUGCUGGCAACGCUGAUACCAAGUUCCAGAAGAUGCAGUACAAGGAUUUGUGCACGCAUAUCACGCUGGACAGCUACAUUCCCUGCCUGACAGACCUGUGCAAGGCAUUGUGGGAGGUGAUGCUGAGCUAUCACCGCACCAUGCAGUGGCAUGAGGAGCAUGACAAGCAGGACGCCUCACCCACAGAUGAAGCAGCAGCUGCUGAGUCUGACGAGUCGGUGGUGGACCGCAGCUACGUGAAAAAGAAGCUUGAGCACGGACUGACGCGGAUCUGGCAGGAUGUCCAGUUGAAAGUGAAGGCCUACAUCCUGGGCACCGACAUGUCUAACUUCAAGUACGAUGAUUUCAUAGUGGUGCUGGAUGUCAUCAGCAGGUUAAUGCAGGUGGGCGAGGAGUUCUGUGGCAGUAAGUCGGAGGUCCUGCAGGAGUCCAUCAAACGCCAGAGUGUCAACUACUUUAAAAACUAUCACAGGGCCCGACUGGAAGAGCUGAGGAUGUUUCUGGAAAACGAGACAUGGGAGCUGUGCCCGGUUAAGUCUAACUUUAACAUCGCCCAGCUCCAUGAGUUCAAGUUCAUGGGUCAGUGUCGUUCUCCGUCCGUCUCCCCGAGCCGUCAGGCGGCGUCCUCCACCGGCCCGGCUCCAGAGCAGCUGUCUCUGUUCCAGCAGUACCUUCAGGAGGGAAACCCCUUUGAGAUGCCCGCCGAGCACAGAGAGGAGGAGACGGAGGAUGUGCUGGCGUCUAACGGGUACGAGUCAGACGAGCUGGAGAAGAGCGUGUAUCAAGACUACGACAGCGACAGCGACGUCCCCGAGGAGCUCAAGCAGGACUUUGUUGACGAGCAGACGGGCGACGUUCCCCUCAAGAGCGUGUCCCGUGAGACCAUAAGAAGCAAGAAAAAGUCUGACUACAACUUAAAUAAGACCAACGCACCAAUCCUCACCAACACCACCCUCAACGUCAUCCGGCUUGUCGGGAAGUACAUGCAGAUGAUGAACAUUUUGAAGCCCAUCGCCUUCGACGUCAUCCACUGUGUGUCGCAGCUCUUCGACUACUACCUGUACGCCGUCUACACCUUCUUUGGACGCAAUGACAUGCCCGUCCCAAGCCCGUCUUUGCCAGCUCAUGGUGGCAGAGAGGCGGGCACCACCAGGGUGGUUGGCCCUGCUUGCCUGUAUGAGUCAUCGGGUCUGGGCCUUAUCAGCAGCAGACUGAGAACCACGCUGAACCGGAUCCAGGAGAGUCUCAUUGACAUGGAGGCGUUGGGGGAGAACGCCGGGGUCCACGGCCCAGCAGAGGACAGGAAGGAGAAGGUGCCCAGCCCCCAUCUCAGCCAAAUGGUGGUCCUCACCAACAGUGGGACUCUGUAUGGGCUGGCACAGAGAGUGGUGGCCACUGAGUCUCUCGUGUUUCUGGCUGAGCAGUUUGAAUCCCUCCAGUCUCACCUGGACACCAUGAUGCCGGCAGCCAAGAAGCCUUUCCUGCAGCAGUUUUACUCCCAGACGGUGUCCACAGCCAGUGAACUGCGAAAACCAAUAUAUUGGAUUGUUGCAGCCAAGGCCAUCGACUACGAACAGAUGUUGCUCCUGAUGGCUGGAGUCAAGUGGGACAUUAGGGAGAUAAUGUCACAGCACAACGUUUAUGUGGACGUCCUGUUGAAGGAGUUUGAGCAAUUUAACAAGCGGCUGGGAGACGUUUCCAGACACGUGCGCAUCCCUCUGCCCGUGUCCAACGUCCUGUGGGAGCACUGCAUCCGCCUGGCCAACAGGACUCUCGUAGAGGGCUACGCUAACGUGAAGAAAUGCAGCAACGAGGGCCGGGCUCUGAUGCAGCUGGACUUCCAGCAGUUCCUCAUGAAGCUGGAGAAGCUGACCGACCUGCGACCCAUCCCUGAUAAAGAGUUCGUUGAGACGUACAUCAAGGCGUACUACCUGACGGAGAACGACAUGGAGCAGUUUAUCAAGAAUCACAGGGAGUACUCCAUGAAGCAGCUCGCCAACUUGGUGAACGUUUGUCUGGGCUCCCAUAUAAACAAGAAGGCUCGUCAGAAACUUCUGGCAGCCAUCGACGACAUUGACAGACCCAAGAGAUAGACUGAUGACCGGAGCAGACCCUGAACGCAUCAGCCAGCCACAGAGACACUCCCACAGAGGAGCUCAGCGUUAGAAUGUCUUCAUCUCCAGUUUGCAGCAUUCAUGUGGUGGUGUGUUCACAGAGCUGUACAGUACAAACAGAAGUAGAGCAACUGUAUACGUCAGUUAAUAUGUUAGCCAGAUGCUAAUUAUCUGUUAUUCUACGAUCCUUAUGUGCUCAGAAACUCUAAGUGCACUCGUGUCGUGCUGAUGGACAGAAAUACUAAAACAUUCACGCGAGCAUGCUGCAGUUACUCCACUCGUACAGUAAAUGUAACGCGUGUCACAUUUUCAUUGGACAAACGUGACGCGUAUGACGUUUUCCUGCAGCUUCGGCAGCUUCAGCAGCUUCUGUAGCUUCAGUAGCUUCAGCAGCUUCUGUAGCUUCAGCAGCUUCAGCAGCUUCAUUAGCUUCAGCAGCUUCUGUAGCUUCUGUAGCUUCAGCAGCUUCUGCAGCUUCUGUAGCUUCAGCAGCUUCAGCAGCUUCUGUAGCUUCAGUAGCUUCAGCAGCUUCUGUAGCUUCAGCAGCUUCAGCAGCUUCAUUAGCUUCAGCAGCUUCUGUAGCUUCUGUAGCUUCAGCAGCUUCAGCAGCUUCUGUAGCUUCAGCAGCUUCAGCAGCUUCAGCAGCUUCUGUAGCUUUAGCAGCUUCUGCAGCUUCAGUAGGCUCAGUAGCUUCAGCAGCUUCAGCAGUUUCAGCAGCUUCAGCACCAUGAGGAUGUUGAGUAUAAUUUUCCGACUUCAAAUACAGGAACUCAGUGUAACGUGUAGCCGUGGACGCGUGUUCAGAUUCUGAUACGACUUCCACCUUGAAAUUGUAAAAAGAAAACAAAGCGUGAACAUUUACGAGCUGCUGAGUUUGAUAGUCAUGUUAAGUUUUGUGGUAACUGAUCCGAGACCAGUCUGUGGUGGUUUAACUUUGCGUCAUGAUUGAAUGUGCCCCCUGAUGAGAUGCAGAGAGUCGCAGCUUUAUGAAUCAUUCCAGCCGUGUGUGUGCUUUCUGUGUAUUGUUUGACUUCAGGGUAUUUGCAGUGCCUGACUGGAUGUUUUGCUCCUUUGUUUGGUUUGUUUUGUCCAUUACUGACAUAAAUCUAAUAUAAUGAUCAUCUGAAAAUAAUAUAAAUUGUUGUAGUUAGCGUUAAAAUGUAGAAUAUCUGCACCAGCUGCAUUUGAUUGUUGUCAUUUGUCACAUCUGAGCAGGAAAUGAUUUUAUUGCACUGCGCUGAGGUUUUGAACGACAUUGUGAUUCUCUUGAGGAGGGAAAUGUAUUUUUCCUGUUCAGUGCGGUCGGGCGCUGAUGGUGUGACGUCUCAUGAGUUGGUAGUUGAACUGUGUCAGCUGGAGUUCAUCCCCACAGCUCUAACACUCUGCUCCUUCAGCUCCAUCACUGUAACCUGACCUGAGGAGAGCAGACUGAUUUACUGUUAAAGGGGAAAAAAACAAUGAAGAAAAAAGUUUUCAUACAGUUUCAUAUUUUGUGUGCAUCUAUUCCAAGAAGAAUACUGUAAAUGUGAAUGUUUUGAACAAUGUCUGUAUUUAUUUCUCGCUUCGUGUCUCGUUUUGGGGUUUUUCUAUGAUAACUGCAGGAUGUGUGCCGUCAUUCAUCACCUCUCAGUAUCUUGUAACUUAUCUACUGAAGCUAAUGCAAAUAUUUAAACAUCGUCCAGUUAUGUUAAGGGUCAAGUGCACUAUAGUGGAAAAUCAGUAAUCAGUGUUGGAACUGUAGAUUGAACCAAAAUGAUUCUAACAUAAUAAACACACUAAUAAUGGA